UAUCUGGAUCGGGGCUCACCGCAUCGACGCGUUUGCUCUGUCAUCUGUUGUAUGCGCAACAGAAUGCUCCGUUCCUAUCCUCUCCAAAUAUCGCGGCUUUAAGCCACCGCAUCCCGCGCGCAUCAUCCAGGUGAGAUAGUUCGCGUGUGACGUGUCCGUAACGUCGUGGAUUGACGCGGUCGACAUCUCUCCUAGUUUCGUGCUUGCUCCAAGUUGAGUGGAGGAAAGACCGCCGCCGCCGUUGCCUGCACCACCGUCGGUACCGUCAUAUUCAGCCUUGAUCAAGACUCCACAGCUGACCGGCGGCGAGCAACAACAAAUUCGCUUUGACAGCAGGAUGGCGAGUCUAUCCGCGGACCAUGGUUUGGAUAUGAAUGCCGCCUUCGGUGCUUUGUUCCAAGUACCGGAUACCCUGUACAAAGCCUGGGAAGAAAAUGUGCCGCAGAAAGCGCAAGAUACGCUGACGAGAGCUUCGGAGGCCAGCGGUGUCCCUCGGAAAUACUUGUUAUGGAUUGUUCUCACUUUAGGGUUUUACAUCUUGACCGGUAGAGCCGGUGACAUCUGUUAUCGUCUCGUGGCCACGCUAUACCCCGGCUACAUGUCGUUUAAAGCGUUAGAAUCAGCCAACAAGGACCGAUCUACUCGCUGGUUGAAAUAUUGGGUCAUUCAUGCUGUCAUCGAGGUCGUGUGCUUCUUUACGCCGAGUUUCUUGGAGCGAAUCGCCUCCUUAUCAAUGAUGAAGAGCGUCUUCGUGUUGUGGUGCAUCCUGCCGAUCCGGCCGUCGGGAACCGACAUCGUUUACGAGUACCUCGGCGGAGUUUCCAAGACCGUCAAGAAACUUGCACUUGAAUCCGUGAAGCUUCUCUCGGAGGAUAGUUUCCCUGGGGACCGCUCUGAAUGCGUUUCAGAAAGACUAGGACGAGCGUUGAGCGAUCAGAAGUCAAUCAAGGAUGGCUCACGCACGAAGCGAUCGGCUUGUGGCGAUUAUCCGAUUGACAAAGCGCCUGCGGUGCAAGGGUCUCCGUCAGUCACGUUCGCGGUUCCUGUCGAAGCGACAGGCCAAGCAUCGACUCCUGAGGAACCUGUCAGGACCGAGGUUCCGGUGGGAGCUCCAAGCUCUCCCAAAAGCUCGAAGACGGGUUCCAUCGAGGGUUCGAAUAAGGGCAAGCAAGCAGACAACUUAUUCGAAUUGAUAAGUAUUUGCGCGAAGGUUAAUAAUGAGAUGAAGGCCAAAGCCAGAUCACGAAAGGGCAGAGUUUCGUCCGAAGAGCGCAAUCGCAGGUCGGCGCUGGAGAAAGCAGAUCCGAAACUCCUCGCUUUCAUCGACGAGAAGAAAGCUUCCAGAUACAAGAAGAAGUAG